AUGUAUGAGGCGCUGGGGUUCCAGUGGGCGACGGGGUUGUUGGCCUUUAUUACUUUGGGAUUGAUGCCUUUUCCGUAUAUAUUUUUUAGGUAUGGGAGAAGGAUUAGGGAGAGGAGUCGGUUUGCUAGUGCUACGUAG